GUAUAAAUACACAGUGCUGUAGUGUAGUCUGCAGAACUGUUCUUGCUGAUUCUUUCUCUGGAUUGCUUAAUCUGUGAAGUGGAGCUUCAAGAUGGUUUAUGCUAAGUGCUGGACAUUGAAGAAGCACUUUGAAGGUCCACCAACCAGAAAUGACUUUGAACUAAAGGAGGUUGAGUUACCAGCCUUAAAAAAUGGAGAGGUCUUGCUUGAAGCUUUGUUCCUCAGCCUUGACCCCUACAUGAGAGUUGCUGUGAAGAAAAGUUUGAAGGAAGGUGAUAAAAUGAUGGGAAGCCAAGUUGCCAGAGUUGUGGAAAGUAAGAAUUCAGCCUUUCCAGUAGGUAGCAUUGUGGUGGCUAAUUCAGGAUGGAUAACCCACUCCAUUUCUAACGGAGAAAACCUAGAGACAUUGCCUGCUGGGUGGCCAGACACAUUACCUAUAUCUUUGGCUCUGGGGACCAUCGGCAUGACAGGCUUAACAGCCUACUUUGGCCUCCUACACAUCUGUGAUCUGAAGGAGGGAGAAACUGUGAUUGUCAAUGCAGCAUCCGGAGCAGUGGGUUCAGUAGUGGGACAGAUUGCUAAAAUCAAAGGCUGCAAAGUGGUUGGCUCUGCUGGUUCAGAUGAAAAGGUUGCAAACCUUAAAAAACUUGGCUUUGAUGUUGCCUUUAACUAUAAGACAGUAGAAUCUUUAGAAGAAACACUGAAGAAAGCUUCUCCAGAUGGCUAUGAUUGCUAUUUUGACAAUGUAGGUGGAGCAUUUACAAAUGCAGUUAUCCCUCAGAUGAAGAAAUUUGGAAGAAUUGCUAUUUGUGGAGCCAUUUCCACAUACAAUAGUGAAAAACCUCAACAAGGAAUCUAUAUUCAAUAUCCCUUUAUUUAUAAUGAGCUACGCAUGGAAGGAUUUAUUGUCAGUCGCUGGCAAGGAGAUGUCCGCCAAAAAGGCCUAAAAGACUUGUUGAAAUGGGUCUUAGAGGGCAAAAUCCAGUACCAAGAACACAUCACUGAAGGUUUUGAAAAUAUGCCAAUGGCAUUCAUAGGAAUGCUAAAAGGAGAGAAUUUGGGGAAAACAUUAGUGAAACCAUAAGAGAUCCAAGAGUACAUCACAUUGGAAAUCUGAAAAGCAUAUUAGUAUGUUUACUUCAAGUUUACUUAAACUUUAUGGAAAAGCAUACCUGUUAUCUUAAAAUACUAAAAAUCACCAAUAUAAUUAAUUCUGUGUUUAGUCAAUUUAAUAAAAUAAAUGAAAAAAUUGUUAUAUAAAAAUAACAAGUGAAAAUUCUUUAGUCAGUGAACAAUCACCAAGAUAUAAGAAUUAUAAUAACAACUUAUAUUUAACAGCAUUUUGUAAUUUCCAAAAGUCCUUUGUUCACUCACUUGUGAGGCAGAGAGUGUAAGUUUACUUCUCCCCUUUAAAGGUAAGAAAACUAAGGCUUAUAAAAAGUUUUACAUGAGAACAACUAAGAUUUAACUUUGGGAUAUUAGGGAUUACCCUGAUUUAAAAAAAAAAGACUUCAAUAAAAACGUAUCUAAAAAUAAAUAAAUAAAUAAAACCAUUAUCAUACAUUUUUAACAAGGGGCAAAGACUAAUGUAUUAAUAUAUUGUAAUAUGUAUUGUAUGUGUAAUAUGUAUUAAUAUACAUCCACAGUGUGACAGUGGAUGGAGUAUCAGCAAGGAGUCAGGAAAACACAGAUUCAAGUCCAGCUUAAGCUGGAUUUACCACUUGUAUUCUUGGACAAGUCAUUUAACUUCUAUAUGCCUCAGUUUCCUCAUCUGUAAGGGGAUUAUAAUAGUACCUACUUCUCAGGGUUGUUGUGAAGAUUAAAUUAUAUAACUGUCAAGUGCUAACCAUAGUGCCUGGCACACAAUAAGCACAUAAUGUUAAUUAUUGUUAUUUAUUAUUAAUUAGGGGUCAGAGCACAUAAUCAGUUCCAGAAGUGCCUAUAAUCCAUUACAUGAUCCCCUAUAGUCCAGAGGUCCUCAAACUUUUUAAAUAGGGGGCCAGUUCACUGUCCCUCAGACUGUUGGAGGGCUGCAUGAUAGUAAAAACAAAAACUUUUGUUUUGUGGGCCUUUAAAUAAAGGGAACAGUUUCCCUCCCUCUUCAGAUUGACUUUGUAUUCUAAGCAAGCCUAAAAAUUAUAAAAACCAAUCUGUACCCUAAAUUGAAACUCACACUAGCCCAAGAAGUCUUCCUUAGUAUACUAAUAAAUGUCUUUUCUGUUCA